AUGGAGUUGAUGUACUUUUGGGUCCUCAGCACCUCGCUGAUGUUCAUCCACCAGCAUGAAGCUUCCAGCGGCUCAGCUGCGACAGGCCACACGGUGGAGGAGGGCCUCCUGGUGCAGCUCGCCCACGUGGCCCAGCAGCGAGCAAAGCGCUGCUCCUGUGAAAAUUCCAACGACAAGGAGUGUGUUUAUUUCUGCCACAUUGGCAUCGUCUGGGUCAACACCCCGAGUCACGUUGUUCCGUAUGGAUUUGGUUCGGUCCGGUUCAGGAGGGACCUGGGCCGCUGUCUGUGCACCGACACACAGGAUGUGGAAUGUACGAGCUUCUGCUCCAGUCAGACACAAACCCGACGUACUUUGGUGGUGAACAAGAUGAUGGCCACAUACAAAGUUGCAUUCUGGGAGAAAAGGAAGCGGCGCCCCCUGAAGGAGCAGCUGAGCAGAAAGAGACAGUCUGUUGCCGGUGUGAGAGGAGGAUUCUCUGGUGACUCUCUGAAGAUCAUUAAAGAAUCUGUGCAGAAUUGCUGUCACGACUCGGCGUGUUUCAACAGCUGGACACGUCUUGAUGAACUAACUCCCAGCAGCCUGAAGCAUGAAGGAAACAUCUUUCCUCCAAACGAUGAGGGCAGUACCUCUACAGGCCAUCAGGGGUCAGUAUGUAACAGCGGCAGCGCUUGA